UGUUGUAGUUAAACAGCCAAUCAAUAUUGAAACAAAUAUAUUUUAAAAGGGUUUCUUCUUCAAAAUGUUGUUGAAAAUUGUUGUCUUUCAUUUGCUGAUAUUGCCAAAUCUCAUAUCUGUAAUACAGACCGCCAAACGUCGUUUGGAUAUCGUCCUUAACAGUGCCAGCUGCCAACCAACUCACCCCGUGUCUACACAAUAUGACUGCGAUCUAAAAAAGUUGAGCGCCGGCAAUUAUGCAUUGGAUAUGAGUCUCAUGUUUAGCAAAGAUUUGAAUACAAAUAGUGAAUGGCAGACUGUCAUUUAUUUCAAUCACGCCCAGUUGAAAACUGGUGGUUGGAUGAAGUUCAUGGACUUCAAAAUGAAUAUAUGCAACUUUUUUACCACUGCCAAGAGUGUGCCGCUGAUUAAAGCAAUUGUGGGUGAAAUGCGAAAGUCAAGCAAUUUGCCCUACCAAUGCCCAUUGAAAGGCAAUUUUUUGUAUACCUUAUCCAACUUUAGCAUCAACUCUAAGUUUCUACCCUCAUACACUCCAUUGGUAAAAUUCAAUUUUUCCUUCAAUACCUAUGACAAUCAAAAACUGAUCUCACAAUUGUUCUUGGAGGGGUCUACAACUCUGAGAUCGUAA